AUGACGACUGCCAAUGGAGGGACAUCCCACAUCGUGAGUGGAGAGGCCGUUUCCCUGUUUUCAAGGGCGAACCUCCUCGGAUCCGUGUGCCGGAGCGCGGCCAAGACCGGAGACAAGCUUCCACUACUGCGGGAGCGGAUGGAAGCUCGAUCACACAUCCCCGCAGUUCACGUCAUGAAUCCCUCCCUCGCCGUCAUGAAGGUGCUUCUCGAACCGAAGUUUUGCGCUCGGAAGCUGAGUCUUUUGCCAGUGGAACUCCACAUGAGCUCAUAG